AUGACCAUGUAUCUGUGGCUUAAACUUCUGGCAUUUGGCUUUGCCUUCCUGGACACUGCAGUGUUUGUUGCAGGAAACUCUACCCCUCCUAACACUCCAGAUGAGCAGACCACGACCCCUGCACUGACCACUGCAUCCAACGUUAGCACUGCAACUGCUCCCUCAACCAUAGCUCCUACUAAUGCAUCUAAGCCAUCAUGUGAGGACAAAUACAGAGGUGUGUCUGUGAGCUACGUUUUUAACAAGGACAAUAACACAUUUACUGCAACACUGGAUGUUAAGGAAGAAUGUAAACCUCCUGAAUGUAAAAAGGAGUACAGUGGCCUGCAUGCCUGUGAAAAUAAGAACAUCAGCAUGUCACACUCUUCAUGCGAGCCUCCAUUUCAAUAUCUCUUAGAGGUACCACCAGAUCCUAAUGAGUUUGAGCUGAAAGACUGUGUGCAACCUGAAGAAGCAGCUACUUCCCUUUGUUUACGUUGGCAAAACAAACAAUUCAAGUGUGAUAAAACUAAAAUUGAAUACAAAUUUAAAUGUGGUAACCAUUCUCAAGUUGGUAAGAAUUACACGUUUCAAGUGAGGGAACUUAAACCCAGAACUAGUUAUACUUGUAGUUCACAAGUAUUCUAUAAUCAACAGCUUCUUAUUAGCCAAAAUCAAACCAUUGAAACAAAUUUUGAAGUACCAGGAGAACCUCAGAAUUUUGCUUGUUCUGCUACAAAUGCAACUGAAGGAAACAUUGCCUGGACACCACCUCAAAAUUAUUUUGAUAGCUUCUCUCUUUGCUAUCAGAAAAUUUUGAUACAAGGUAACAAUAUUUGCUUCACUCUGAAUAAAACCCAGCACAGAAUGGAUUUGCGCCAUUUGACACCUUACACAGAAUAUGAGGUAUUGUUACAGGCCCUCGUCAAAGGAAGAACAGUUCGCAAGAGCAGAAAUGUGACCUGUCGAUUUAAUACAACUGCAACAUAUCCAGGCAAGGUAAAAGGUUUAAGGGCUUUACGGAAGACAGAAAAUGCUAUAGAUGUGAGCUGUAAACAUCCUGACCAGCUUAAUGGCCCUGAAGGGUUCUACUAUUUGGAAGUAAGAACUGGAAACACCUUGGUUAAUAGUUAUUCAAGAUCAGAAUGCAAAUUCUCCGUAGAAGAUCUUCAAUAUUUAACAGAAUAUAAUUUUUCGGUCUAUUAUCACAAUACGAUAUAUUCUGGUCUUCCGGAGAGUGCUACAGUAUCAACAUCUUAUAAUGCUAAAGCAGUCAUCAUAUUUUUGGUGUUUCUGAUUAUUGUGACAUCAAUAGCCCUGCUCAUUGUUCUCUAUAAAAUCUAUGAUCUGCAUAAGAAAAGAUCCAGCAAUUUAGAUGAGCAGCAGGAACUAGUUGAAAGGGAUGAUGAGAAGCAGCUGAUGAACGUGGAGCCCAUCCAUGCAGAUGUUUUGCUGGAGACUUACAAGCGAAAGAUCGCGGAUGAAGGAAGGCUCUUCCUGGCUGAGUUUCAGAGCAUUCCACGGGUAUUUAGCAAGUUUUCCAUCAAGGAUGCUCGAAAAUCCUUUAACCAGAACAAAAACCGCUAUGUUGAUAUCCUUCCAUAUGACUACAACCGUGUUGAACUCUCUGACAUAAAUGGAGAUCCAGGAUCAAACUAUAUAAAUGCCAGCUAUAUUGAUGGUUUUAAAGAACCCAGGAAAUACAUUGCAGCACAAGGUCCCAGGGAUGAGACUGUUGAUGAUUUCUGGAGGAUGAUCUGGGAGCAGAAAGCCACGGUUAUUGUCAUGGUCACUCGUUGUGAAGAAGGGAACAAGAACAAGUGUGCAGAGUACUGGCCGUCGAUGGAAGAGGGCAGCCGGGUUUAUGGAGACGUGAUUGUGGAGAUCAACGAGCACAAGAGAUGCCCGGAUUACAUCAUUCAGAAGCUGACUGUUGGAAACAGAAAAGAGAAAGCAAAUGGAAGGGCUGUGACUCACGUUCAGUUCACCAGCUGGCCGGACCACGGGGUCCCCGAAGACCCCCACCUGCUCCUCAAGCUGCGCAGGAGGGUAAACGCUUUCAGCAACUUCUUCAGCGGCCCCAUCGUGGUACACUGCAGUGCUGGUGUUGGGCGCACAGGCACCUAUAUCGGGAUCGAUGCCAUGCUGGAAGGCCUGGAGGCGGAGAACAAGGUGGAUGUCUAUGGCUAUGUUGUCAAGCUCAGACGACAGAGGUGCCUGAUGGUUCAGGUGGAGGCACAGUACAUCUUGAUUCACCAGGCCUUGGUGGAGUACAAUCAGUUUGGGGAGACAGAAGUGAGCCUGUAUGAGUUACACCCAUACCUGUCUAACAUGAAGAAAAGAGACCCGCCCAGUGAGCCUUCCCCACUGGAGGCUGAGUUCCAGAGACUUCCUUCUUAUAGGAGCUGGAGGACACAGCAUAUUGGGAACCAAGAAGAAAAUAAGAGUAAAAACAGGAAUUCUAACGUCAUUCCAUAUGACUUUAACAGAGUGGCCCUGAAACAUGAGCUGGAAACGAGCAAGGAGAGUGAGCAAGACUCGGAUGAGUCCUCUGAUGACGACAGUGACUCGGAAGAGAUAAGCAGAUACAUCAAUGCCUCCUUUGUCAUGAGUUACUGGAAACCUGAAGUGAUGAUUGCAGCUCAGGGACCGCUGAAAGAGACCAUCGGUGACUUCUGGCAGAUGGUCUUCCAAAGAAGAGUCAAGGUGAUUGUUAUGCUGACGGAACUGAGGCGUGGAGACCAGGAAGCCUGUGCUCAGUACUGGGAGGAAGGGAAGCAAACCUACGGAGAUGUGGAAGUUCACAUGAAGGACACCAACAAAUCUUCAGCGUACACCGUUCGUGCCUUUGAACUGAGACAUUCCAAGAGGAAAGAUCCACGAACGGUGUACCAGUACCAAUUUAAUAACUGGAAUGGGGAAGAGCUGCCCGCAGAACCCAAAGAAUUGGUCUUGAUGAUCCAGAAUCUCAAACAAAAACUUCCCAAGAAGAAUUCUGCCGAAGGGACUAAAUAUCACAGGAAUGUGCCUCUUCUCGUCCACUGCAGAGAUGGAUCUCAGCAAACAGGAAUAUUUUGCGCGUUGUUCAACCUCUUGGAAAGCGCUGACACAGAAGAAGUGAUAGAUGUGUUUCAAGCUGUGAAGUCGCUCCGCAAAGCUCGGCCAGGAAUGGUCCCUACCUUGGAGCAAUACCAAUUCCUGUAUGAUGUCAUUGCUAGCACCUAUCCCGCCCAGAAUGGACAAGUAAAGAAAAGCAAGCAUCCAGAAGAUAAGGUUGAAUUUGAUAACGAGGUGGACAAAGCUAAGCCGGAUGCUAACUGCACAAGCCCCGUGGAGGCCCUGGAGAAGACUCUGGAAGGAGAGAAAGAGGCUGGAGGUGCCAAACCCACGGAAGGUGCUGAGGGGCCGGAGCAUGCUGCCAAUGGUCCCGCGAGUCCGGUUGUAACUCAGAGUGCAUAG